ACGGGGACAAAGGUCGCCCCAAUCAGCUCAUCGCCAUGGCAAAUCUACCGACCUUGGAAAAGUUGGAUUUGGAGGGUGAUAGUGCAUCAUUAGGCCAACGAUGGGAAAAGUGGAAACGUUCUUUAAAUAUCUACUUAGAGGCUACAGAGAUAACAACACCGAUAAAGAAAAGAGCGACACUUUUACUUCUUGGUGGAUCGGGCCUUCAAGAAAUUUUCUAUAGUCUUCCGGGUGCCAAUGCUACACCCUCUGAUGAGAAUGAUGUUUUUGACAUAGCUAUUCAGAGACUUAACGAUUAUUUCACUCCAAAACAAAGCAAAGUUUAUGAAAGACAUUUGUUUCGUUUAAUAAGACAAGAUGAAGGGGAAAAAUUUGAAAAGUUCCUAGUGAGGCUGCGGAAUCAAGCCGAAAAGUGCCAAUUUGAUAAACCAGACGACCACCUAAUCGAUCAAAUAACAGAGAAGUGCCUCUCUGUUGAUUUGCGCAAGAAAAUUUUGACAAUAGGAGACAGUGUAACAUUAGACAAGAUUAUUACAGAAGCUAAUACUCUAGAAGUUGUAACACGCCAAUUGGAAGAAUAUGGUCAGCAAAAUAAAACAACAGAGGUACAUGCAGUGGACUCUUCGAAAAAUAAAGCUAGAUUUAGCGGGAAUAGAUCCAGGUCAAAUUCAAAUAAAGGAUGUGGCAGAUGUGGGAAUUCUAGACACAUGUCAGAUGAUAAAAACUGUCCGGCGUUAGGCAAAGUAUGUCACACAUGUGGGAAAAUAGGCCAUUUUAAGCAGUAUUGCAAGACACAGGUUUUGAGAAAAAGGAAAUUGGAAGAAACUGACAGGAACAGAUGGGAAAGACCUAGUAAAAAGCCCCGAAACCAAAAGGAAGUUGACAAUAUAACAGAUGAAGAAGUCGAUUAUGUUUUUAAUAUCAAUUAUGAUGCAAAUAUAGAAUGUAAUGUCGGAGGUAUAAGAACUAAAAUGCUGAUUGAUUCCGGAUCUAAAUAUAACCUAGUAACUGAAAAAACAUGGAUCGCUUUAAAAGAGCAAGGAGUUGCUUGUUUCAAUCAGGAAAAAAACCCGAAUAAAACAUUACUGGCAUAUGGCAGUACAAUACCGUUAAAAAUCAUCGGAUCAUUUGAAACCACGAUCAAAGUAAAUAUGCAGGAAGAACGCGCAAGGAUAUAUGUUAUUGCGGAGGGCUCAAGAAAUUUACUGGGCAAAGACACUGCAUGUAAAUUGGGUGUCCUAAAAAUAGGUGUUGACAUCAACCAAAUUAGAAACGAGCCAUUCCCGAAGUUUAAGGAUGUGUUGGUAGAAAUUCCUAUCGAUGAUACUCAAAAACCUGUUUCACAACCAUAUCGUCGAAUCCCAAUUCCGAUUGAAGAAAAGAUAGAAAGGAAAAUAAAGGAAUUACUGGACAGUGACAUAAUAGAAGAAGUACGGGAACCCUNGGGACAGCCUGGACUAUGA